AUGUUCGCCCGCUCAUCCAUCGCGCGCGCAGUCGCCCGCGCUCCCGCCGCCGCAUCGCAAGCAUUCCAGACCACCCGCAUCGACACACCGCGCAUGUUUACCUCGACACCCUCCGUCCUCGCAACCAAGCUCUUCGUCGGCGGACUACCGUGGAGUGUCGACACCCCGGAGCUGGAGGAGAAGUUCGCUCCCUACGGCAACAUCGCCAGUGUCCACGUUGUCAAGGACAGAGAGACCCGCGAAAGCAAAGGCUUCGGCUUCAUCGAGUUCGAGGAGGACGAGGCUGCCGCCAAGGCCAUUGAGGAGUUACAUGAGUCCGAACUGGGAGGCCGCGUCCUCAGUGUCCAGGUAGCCGUCGAGGGUGGAACCCGCGGCGGCGGCGGUGGUCGUGGAGGUUUCUCGCGCGGAGGAGGCGGUGGCUACGGCGGCCGCGAAGGAGGUGGUGGCUACGGCCGUGGAGGAGGUGGCGGUGGCUACAGCCGCGGAGGAGGAAGUGGUGGCUACGGCCGCGGAGGAGGUGGCGGUGGCUAUAGCCGCGGAGGAGGUGGUGGACGAGGCGGUGGUUUCAGCCGUGGACGAGGAGGCGGCGGCGGCGGCGGCGGCGGCGGCUACGGCGAUUCCGCUCCCAGCUACCCAAGCGGAGACUCCAGCUUCUAA